CCUACGCACACCUUCAACAAACCUGCUUCUGCAGUCUCUCAUUCUGGCCAGAUGCAGCACCAUGCUGGUACCCAGACGCUGGAUAUCGCGCCAGGUAGAAUUCCUGUUUAUUAUCAAAUGCCCCGCCUCCCGUCAGGGUACUCGACAUAUGAGACCCCUGCAGCAGGUGGAAGUCCAGAGUCUCCUCAGCAAGAGACAGGGUGUGUGGUCGAUGGACAGUUCCUUUCAGGUUACCAGACGUUGGGAACAGAGGUCUCUGUGCCAGCUCACAGAAGCACCCCAGACACCGAUCUGGAGGUUCAGAGGGUGGUGGGGGUGCUGGCAUCUCAGGAUUAUCACGUUCUGGCGGCCCAGAGGAAGGAUGACCCGAGCCCUUUAAACCUUUGCCAUAAUGUCCCUGAUCAGCAGGGGCAGUCAAAGGACGCGCUGAGGAACGCGGCAGAGAGGGCUGCUGCGGAGAAGAGCCAGUCCAGGAGUCCGUACGUGACCUCCCCUGAAGAGCCGGUUAGACACAGACAGUUAACCAAAGGCACGGUGAUCGCCAACGGCAAGCCAGUCCUGGUUCCCGUUGGAUCCGAGACUGUCAGGUCUUCCGCUCCAGAACCCGCGGCGCGGCGGAGCCCGGAUGCACCGCCGCCCAGCUCCUCACGCUUGCCCUCCCACUUCAUGAAAGGAGCUAUCAUCCAGCUGGCUACGGGAGAGCUGAAGCGGGUAGAGGACCUGCAAACUCAAGACUUUGUCCGCAGCGCAGAGGUGAGCGGAGGCCUGAAGAUCGAUUCCAGCACAGUGGUGGAUAUUCAGGAGAGUCAGUGGCCUGGGCUUGUCACACUGCAUUUUGUGGUUGGGGAGCAACAGAGUAAAGUGAGCAUUGAUGUUCCCCCGGAGCAUCCCUUCUUUGUGUAUGGCCAGGGCUGGUCCUCCUGUAGCCCGGGGCGGACUGCUCAGCUCUUCGCCCUGCCCUGUCACAGGCUGCAGGUGGGCGAUGUCUGCAUAUCGAUCAGUUUACAGAGCGUGAAUGGCAACUCUGCUUCUCAGGCUAACUGCCCUCCUGCCGAGCAGUCGGUGUCUGCCAGGGAGAGAUCUGACAGAACAGCUCAGGGGGCCAGAGAACUCUCUGACAGAGCUGCUGAAAGGAAGAGCCACGCAGAUAGGGACAGCGCAGCCCAGAGCUCUCACACAGAACCCUCUCCGCCUGCGGCUGGCAGUCAGCACGGCUGGGCGGCCCCAGGCUUCCAAAGAUACAGCCUGCAGGCAGAGGAGCCUCGACCCUCUCUGCUCCGCCCCUCUUUCAUUCCCCAGGAGGUCAAGCUGUCUAUCGAAGGGCGUUCCAAUGCAGGGAAGUGA